AUGUUCUCAAGGUAUGGAGGAGUAGGUGAAGCGACAUGGUGCGAUAAGUAUGGAAGAAAGCACAACGGGAGAUGCCCUAAGGAAGUGAUCUGCUUUAAAUGCGGGAAGAUUGGUCACUAUGCCCACGAAUGCUCAAUCGAGGAAGAAGUUUGCAUUAAGUGUAGUAAAGAGGGACACUACAAGAAAGAAUUCCCUGUGAGAGUUACAAAGUCAAGUGUACCGCUAAAGAACUUUGAGAGAUGUGACGAAGAUGUGACUUGUUACAAAUGUGGAAAGACAGGGCAUUACGCCAACAAGUGUGUAUCCAAAAAGAGGGUGUGCUAUGAAUGUUGGGGAGAAGGGCAUUUAUCUAGGGACUGCCCGAAGAAGAAUGAGGGAGCAAAACCAAAUGCACUGCCACAGCCAAAGGCAGAAGCAUUUUAA